AUGGCAGCAAUCUCGUCUCGAUUGGUGGAAAUCACCGUUCUCUCCGCCGAGAAUCUCCAAUACAACCGCAAACCCUUGAAGAAAAACUCCUUCGUCACCGUCCGGACCAACCUCGCCGUCACCAAGCGUUAUCGAACGGGCCAGACAGACUGCGAAGGCGGAGUGCCAAAGUGGAAUGAGAAGAUAGUGAUGGAGUUUCCUGCUCAGGCUAGGAAUUUGAUCGUGGAAGUGCAAUGCCAGAAUGGGGCGAGGACCAUCGGAGCGGCGAGCAUUCCGGUGUCGGACUUCAUCGGCGGGUGGGUGCCUGAGAACUACUUACACUUUCUGAGUUACAGGCUGAGAGACGAGAGAGGUCUGAGGAAUGGGAUUGUGAAUAUUUCGGUGAGGAUGAAGGUGGAGGAAGGUGACGAGUAG